AUGGUGAAAUUAGAAACGCCACAAAAUGAUUACAUGGUAGCCAACACCAUAGCAAGUCUGCCUACACACGAAAAGUCCGAUCUCUGCAAGCUGGGACACGCAGAGACGCGCCAUAUGCUCGCAACAUUCGCUCAGGAGGCGUACGAUGACUACAUCCGCGGUCAGCCCUGCCCGUCGUACCUGACGACCCUCGUUCGCGUCAACGUCUUCCACGCCUUCGUUCAAAAUGCCCACGCCCUCGGUUUCAACUCCGAGUGGCUCACCUACGAGGCGAUCUCGCCCUUCAACAAAAUGGGCCCUGACCUGGGCCCAUCCACCACGACAAUCUCGUGCCCGGAGAAUAUGCGUCCCACAGCCCUGCAGCUAGCCGUCGAGCACCACCCCUGGAUCGACUUCUUCCCGCACCCGCAGAUGCGUGACAACUUUCUCCAGGUCGUAGCGGAGAAGGGGGAAGAUUACAUCGACGAGGAUGACAUGUGCCGGGACAUUGUCGACGUUGGGGCCGGGGCCGGGGUGGAGGAGGCGGCGCUGAUUGCGUGGGGCGAGCCGUGGGAUCCGAGGGGAUGGGAGGCGACGGAACCCUUCUUGAGGAAAUGGGGCUGGUUGCUGGUUGGUUGCGACGAGAUGUUGGAGGGAACAAAUCAUUGGCGAGAGAAGAGAGGGCUGAAGAAGCUUAAGUUUCACUGA